AUGAAUGGGUUUAGUACGGGUUCGGGUGAGGAGGAUUCGCGUGAUUCCAAGCGAAGCCAUGAUCAACAUUGCUGCCUGAUUGAAUUUGAUCAGAUGAUUGACGAUGGCGAGAGAUGUCCUAGAAUGGCUGGAAAUGCCUCUUACAGUAAACGGAUUCAAAAGACUGUACAACAAAGGAAACUACGGCUACACAUGGACUCCUCUGCCAGACACAUCUAUAUUUGUGAUUACCACAAGAGCUUAAUUCAGUCUGUUCGAGUCCGGCAGCGCAAGAGGAAAGAUUCUGAAGACGACUCCAACGAAACAGACCGAGACACGCUCAGUCUGCAAGAAAGAGAACGUGACGCUCCAGAAGUUGAUCUCUUCCAACUUCAAAUCAAUACGCUAAGGCGUUAUAAGCGACACUACAAAGUGCCCACUCGACCAGGCCUCAAUAAAGCACAACUUGCAGAGACCUUGAUGCGCCAUUUCCGGACUAUCCCCGUGGUGGAGAAGGAAGCCCUCCACUCAUUCCUUUACACCGUCAAAUCUAAUAAAAACAAACUUGAUCUGAAACCAAACAAUGACAACUUGUAAAACCGUGGUCUGUCUAAGCUUCAACCCCUCCCCCAGUGCAAAUCACGUUAAAGCACGUUUGUCUUCGAAAUGAUGAACUAGCGAAAGGAUGGAACUCAAAAAUAUGCGUGCGUCUGUUGUUUUCUCCUUGGCAUGUUUUAAUUAUUAAUUUAACCUUGUAAAUUCAAAUACAUUCGAACGAAAGGUUUAA